CCUGCAUGUGUGUGUGUAGGUAUUAGUGAGUGUUUGAAUGUGCCAUCAGUUUGCGGCCAGUCGCACCGUCUUCACGAUGGUCCGUGUACCACCGAAGCCCAUGCUCCUGCUGCUGUCUUUAGCCGCGGCCAUUUCGUACGUCAGCGCUACCAUAUUUGUGCCCGAAGAAAUACCUUCCCUGCUAUCGGUCGUUUACAGUAAUUUGCCACCGAUUAAAAAAGGAACGGAUUCCAAGUUUGGCGUAGGCUUCAGAUUGGGACCGAACGCAGACGUGCAGUUCCAACUUGAAUUGGGACCUCAGAAAUACACUCAGCCAAUAGGACCGACCAAGGCUGACGAUAGUUCGUCUAAAAAGAGACAUGUGCCAGCCACUCAAGGAAAACCCAAUGACUGGCUGAACAAUUGGAGACUGCAAAUGAAUCCUGGCUACGUGGAUGACGUCCACUCUGAAGGGUCAGACAACAAUGACCUCAAUGCACCUCAGCAGUCCACCGAAAUGGUCGACUCGGAUACAGUUAUGCACCUGAAACAAUUAUACAAUAUGCGCCAAGCCAGACGAGCCGACACUUCCAAUACAUAAACAAUACUACAUGACCGUGUAUUAUAAUUUCCAGUAGAAUGGAUUUCAUUUGAAUUUUGUAAAUAUUAUCAAAAAUAUAAUUUAUUAUAGGUAUACAAACCUCGAUUAGUUUGUUAUGUCAUUAAAAAUUAACCAUAGGCGGAUACAUGGUUGAUUCAAUUCAGCUGAUUUCGAACAGUGCGCAAUUUAGUCCUUAUAGAAAUAAAUGAACACAGCUAUUGAAAUUGAACCUCUCUACCUAUGCCACUAUAAUUAUUUAUCACCCAUAAAGCAAAGCAACUGAAAUAUUUUUAAAAUGUUAUCAAACAUGUUUUCGAUAUUUAAUAAAUCAAUUGUAAUGAUUUUGCACGGAGUGUAUUAUUUCAAUAAUGUAAUUUACAACAAAAUGUUUAAGUAUGAUUUAAAAUGUAAUAUACAUAGUAUAUUAUUAGACAAAUAAUAUUUUGAAACAUUAAAUUUUAAUCUAAAACAUUAUUGUAGCACACUAAAAUAUUGAAAACAUGUUAUAUAUAUUUAUACAUUAUUACUUUAUAUAUUAUGUAUUUACUCUGUACUUAAACAAACUACAUGUGUAUUAUAGUUAGAAAUAAAUAUAUGUAUGUGUAUGUGUAUAAGUAUUACUCUAAGUUCAGUUAUACCUGAAUGUAGUUCAAUAGUUAUGGAUAUCUAGUCUAACUGUUACAGCAUAUUGCCUAUCAUACAAGGAAAGUAAUUAUCAAUGACAAAAUAUUACAUUUCAUGCUUUGUUUAGAAAUUAAAUUAAAUAUGAACGACGUCAGUCGUACAUGCAAUUUACUGAUGACCUAGAACCAAAUUCUAAUAAGUAACUAUUUAAGAAAAUAUAAUUAAUAUAAAGUUUUAGCUAUAUUUAUACUAAAAUUUGCGUUAAAAUGUCAUAAAUUUAGACCUAAUAGUUUGAUUAAAAAUAAUUCUAUUAAACAACUUUUUUUAGCGUGUGUCUUGAAGAAAACUAAGUACACGUCCUUAGAUUUAAUUUAAAAAAAACAAAAUUGUGAUCAUAUUACUAACUUGCAGUCAAAAUUGUAAAUAACCCAAUAUUAUCUAACAAAAAUGACUAACAUUCUUGUAAUAGAUGUCGGAAAGCCGUACCCAGAGAAAAAACUGAGAACUCGAUUGUCAAAAUAAAAUAUUUAUUUAAAAAAAAAUUGUUAUUGACUAGAGGAUUUAAUGUUAUUAUGGUUGAUGUUUCAAAAAUAAUAAAAUACUCUGCACAUU